AUGUCUUCUCCCGAUUCCAUCCAUAUCGACCCUCAGCCUAAUGUUGUCUACCCUCACACUGUACCUCCCAACAAGUCCAUUCUCAAACCCGAUCUCAAAAAGUAUCCCUGGUUUGAAUACGUCAUUCCGUCAUGGUCGGACAAAGUGGACCGCCUUCCACAGGCGAGCGAGGAGGAAGUGAUCCUUGACAAGUUUGUUCCAUUCGACGAACUGCCGGCAGAGUUUGAUGCCUGGUCUGAACCCUUGAAGUACGCUCCGCCGGAGUUUUACUUCGGGUGGCCCAUGGACAAGAAGAUCUUGCGCAAUUAUGCGAUCAAGAACGGUUUGGCGAGUUUCAAGAAAGGCUUGGCACGUGCAGAUGAUCCCGAUUACGUGGGCGACCUGCUCGAGAAUCAGACCGUCUUUGAUAUCAUAUGGCACCUCGAGCCCUUGAUCAACUUGAAGGUCGAGGAGGUGUACGGUGUACAGGAAGGCCAGGAUCGGUUCGGCGGACUGUGGUCACUUUGUGACAACUACACGCCCCCUGACAAGCGUCCCACGGAGGAGACGAUUACCAGGCUGCAGCAAGAGUUCGGGUAUGAGGAGAGGCCCAAGUGGUACAUGACCACGUUUGCGUAG